AAAUCAACACUGCGUACAAAGAUCUUUUCAGUUUCCUUUGUAUUCUUGUGUAUUGAACGAUGAUUUAAAUCUGUCAUUUCUUUUUUUUUUGUUCACUUAUUAAAUAACAAGUACAAUAUUAUUUAAUGAUAUGUUAUAAUUGUGCAAAAAAAUAUCUAAUUAAAAAUGUGGAGUUCCUUUGAAGCUGGCAGUUCACCAGUCGAUUGGUGUGAGGGAAAUUAUCUGAUAUCUCCAAGUAUUGCAGAAUUUAUGAAUACGCUCAGCAAUGUAUUGUUUUUAUUAUUGCCACCAAUUCUUAUGCAUUUAUUUAAAGAUUAUGGAAGAUUUGUUAAUCCAGGAAUUCAUAUAAUAUGGUUUUUAUUAAUGGUAGUAGGCGUUAGCAGUGCAUAUUUCCAUGCAACUUUAUCUCUAAUAGGUCAAUUAUUGGAUGAAUUAGCAAUAUUGUGGGUUUAUAUGGCUGGAUUUUGUAUGUUUUUUCCAAGGAGAUAUUUUCCAAAAAAUUUUGUACAUAAUAGAAAACAAUUUUCAUUUUAUGUAUUUUUAUCAACUUUAGUUGCAACAGGUUUAGCUUUAAUUCAUCCAGUACUUAAUGCUUUUGCAUUAAUGUGUCUAGGAAUUCCUGCUUUUGGAAUUUUGUUAAUUGAAUUAAAAUGGACUAAAUCAACAAGAGUUUAUCGUCUUGGAUUGAGAUGUGGCGCUAUGUGGAUUUUGGCAGUAUUUUGUUGGUUAAACGAUAGACUAUUUUGUGAGACAUGGAUGAAUUUAAAUUUUCCUUAUCUUCAUGCGUUAUGGCAUUUAUUUAUUUUUAUCGCUAGUUAUACUGUGACAGUACUAUUUGCUUAUUUUUCAGUAAAAGAUGAAAAACCACAUCAAUCUCCGUUACUUAAAUAUUGGCCUAGAGAUGAUUUUGAAUUAGGUAUUCCUUACGUAACAAUUAAAAGUUAUAUUAAAAUCGAUUAUAAUACAAACAUAUAAUCGUAAAAAAAACAA